UGUAUAAGAAAAGCAUUGCGCAUGGCCGUGUGCGUGAGUGUUAAAUUUUUAACGGAAAAUAGUAGUUAUUGAAUAUAAUUUGUUAAAUAAUUCUGUUAUGUCUUAUUUUCAACUUACUUAGGGCCUUAAGGAAUUAGUAAACGUAAACUGUACUAUUCUGUAAUCCGUUCACUGUCGGUGUAUUUCACAUUAAAAAAUGGAUUGUCAAUCAACAGAUAUAUUUGAAAUUUAUAAGUUGUUUUCAUCAUUAAUAGAAAAUGGUAUUACAGAAUUGGAUAAUGGUUUCCAGGUUCAAACAUCAAAACUAGAUGCUGUUUAUAAUGAGUUAUUACAAUCUGCACAGAACGUUCCUGAAAAGAAUGUAUCUAAAAGACCAUCUAAAACAAAAAAUGGUCUGGUUGGAGAUCUCUUUGCUGCAGAACCAAAUUUUCAACAACCAGCUGUUCCACCUAUCCGCAGAACUACAAGACAAGCUUCUAUUAUUUCAUCAGAUAAAAUAAAAGGCAUAAGAGAAUCUUCAACUAUCAGUGGUUCUGGAGCAUCAACAAGAGCUAGUCGAGCUAGAGCUUUAUCUACAUUGAUGGAUAUAGCUCCUAUCGCUUGCCCAACAGCAAAUUCAACUUUCGUAGUUGAUAAAAAGUGUAUGAAGAAUGUAGAAGAAUGUGUAUCUCCUGGAAUGUUUUCUCCAGAUAAUAGGGCCCAUAUAAAAGAAACUAAUGUCAAUACAACUUAUGAUAUGCCUAAAAAAUCAUUAGCAGCUAAUCGAACAAAAAAAUUGGGAAAAAUUAUUGAUUUAAUACCAGAAGAAUCUCCUAUUAGUGUUGAAAAUUCUAAUUCUACACAAUCUCAGACUUUAAACAAAUUAAAAUUGAAGAAAAAAAGUCUUGAAUCUCAAACAAAAAACAAACACCGUGAAAAAUUAGAAGAUAUUGAUAUCAAUAUUGAUGAAAAAUCAUCAACACAUAUGACAAGAACAAUGAAAAGAAAACUUCAAGAAGAAAAUAAUAUUGAUGCAAAAAAAACUAAUGUAGUAUAUGUGCCAUUAGAAAAACAAACAGCAACGCCAGUAAAACCAUUAGAAGAUAAUUUAUCACAAACUCCUCAUCAAAUCCGAGAAAAUGAAGCUGAAAAAAGGAAAGAAUUAUAUCUUAAGUCCAAAGCAGAUCAAAGGAAAUUUGAUGAUCAACAUUUAAGGGCUGCUAAACAUAGAGAAGAGCAAAUGAGACGUGUCGAAGAGAGAGUUAAAAAAGCUGCUGAAGAGAAGAGGAAAAAAGAAGAAAAACAAAAGGAAAAAGAAUUAAUGAUGAAAGAGGAAGCAUUAAAAAAACAAAAACUAGCAGAACUUAGGUUAGCUGAGAUUAAUGCUAAGCGUAAACUAGCUGAAGAAGCAAAACACUUAAAAAUGCAAAAACUGGAGAUGAAUCGAAUGAUGAAAGAAAAUGAAUUAAAAAAGAAAAAUGAGACAAAACCAGAAAAAAGUAAAUCAGUAAUUCGCCCUAAAGCAUCUUCAAAUUUACCUACUUCAUCAGCACCUAAAUUAGCAACAUUGCCAAAAUCAAAAAUUGAUAACAAAAAUGAUUAUGGGCUAAAUGAUGUAUCUGCACGUGAUUCUUCUGAAGAUGAAUCUGGACCCAAAAAACCUGUUCCGAAUUGGGCAAAACGAGAAAAUAGAAAAGCUGUACUUGAACUUCAAUAUCAUGUUAAUUCUAAAGAAAGAGACUUAUUCUUUGACUGUCCUAAAAGUAUGAGUCUUAAAGAAAUGUUCAAAGGCUGGAAUAUUCGUGAUAAACAACGUACAUCAAGUGCUGUUUGGAAUACACCUCCUCGUUAUAGUGAAUAUAUUCGCAGAUAUUAAUUCACUUGUAUUAAUUAAGUAAGAUAUUUUAAUAUGUUAUUUUUG